AUGGCCAAGAGACAUGUGGAGUUGCUGAGAGAGAGGUUUGGAGAAGAAGUCCUUCAGGCGCUGAUGGCUCAGUGGUCCGAGGCCACGAAGAGCUGCGACCGCGCCAAGCUGGACUUCUUCUUGCGCCUCGCGGAGCCUGCACCCCCCUGCUUCGGCGGCGUCGAGGAGAAGACUUCAGCGUACACAGAGGAUCACAUGCACGAACUCUUAGCAAGGAUGGUUUUGUGUGCCCCUGAGACCUGGUUUGAGGUCAUCACUGGCAAGCCCUGCCCGGCCGACGCCAAGAACGACUUCAGCAUCAUUGGUGUGGCCUUUGAUAGCUCUUCACGCCUCCGGCGUGCAGGGGUGGAGUACUACCACGACAGGUGGUCCAAGAAGAACGUGCAGGAGGGAUAUCUUUAUGUGGGCUCCUUAGAGACUCCCAAAGUGGAGCAAGUGCGAGAUCUGGCGCCCAAGAAGGAGGGCUUGGUUCGGAUGGUGGCCAUCAGUGAUACGCAUCUCCUCCAUGAGAAUCUUCCACUGCCUGAGGGCGAUCUCUUAGUUCAUGCGGGCGACUUGAGCUACGAGGAGUCGCGGUCCAAAGAUGCCAGCGACUGCUUGGAGAAAUUGAAAGACUUCGAGAGCGACUUCAGCGCCUUUCUCCGCUGGUUUCGAUCCUCACACCUGGGCUUCGCCGCGUCGAUGCGCUGGCUUGGAAGCGUUUCGAAGUUUGAGCAUCGAGUGCUGGUGGGCGGAAAUCACGAUUACAUCCUUGAGAAGUUGGGCCCCGAACGAGCGCAAAUGCUUUGUGAAGACUUCGGGGUGAAGUAUCUUCACACCGAAGCGGCACCCCUCUCGCUGUCGUUCCCCUCAGGUCGCAAGGUGAAGAUCUGGGGUUCUGGCGUCUCCUUCUUUGCAGCACUGGGGAAGGAUCGUGCCGUGAUCUCGGGCAACAUCGCAUACCAGCUGGAUACAGCAACUGAAGAAGACAAGUUCGUGAAGGAGACGGCGCAUGUGAAGCCUGGCUCCGUGAACGUGUUGAUCACCCAUGGCCCCCCAGCGGGGGCGCUCUAUGGAAAGGGGGAUCAACCCAAAUGGAUCAACGACUUGUUGAAGCGAGUGAAGCCGCAGGUCUACUUGUGUGGUCAUGCGCACAACCCGGAGAAGGUGAAGCUCGAGCAAAAAGUUGCGGAUGUGGAAGGCACUCUUGGUGCUCACAUUGCCUCGACGAGUGUUUGGAACGCCUACAUGGGGCUGCCAUUCAUUUGUGAUUUGCCUGAGUGGAAAUGA